CUGCAUGUCAGACGCAUGCCCGGAUUACGACACGUUAUAUGAAUAUUAUACAAUAGAUUAGAUUAGUUUCUACGUAAUACACCUUUACGUGACUUUUACGUGAUAAUGACCUCCUAAUCGGGAACGAAAGCAAUCGCAUAAACGUCCCUGACCUUACUCUCUUUUGACUUUCCUCUAUUUAUUUAUAAAAUAGAGAUAUUUGCGCGCAAGAAAAUAUGAUUGCUAUUUGUUACGCUUAUCAUCACAUAUACAUCUGUUACAAAAUCUUUCAGUGAUCUGUCAACUUGCAAUUAUAACCGAAUGAAGAAUUUGUAAUUUGAAACAGUUUUUAGCAGUUAAUGCGUGAUAAAAUCAAAUAUAUGAUUAGUCACAGUAAAUAAUCAUCCGUUGAUUCUGUCUUUUCAAACGUAAUCUUUGCAAUUCGUUCACAGUUGUCUCAUGAAAGUUGAUUGAUGAACGGUUUGUUUUAAAGCCGGGACCUGGAAGGAGUCUGCCUAACGAGAACGAGGAAAGCAACGAGGUAGACUCGACUUUCGGUCUCAUCUGUACAAAUGGAUACUCUUCUCUUUUCAGAGCUGGUUUCGUCCACUGCCGUUUUCUCCACCACCAUUUUCUAAUUCUUGACAUCAACAUUUGGCUCAGUCUUCAGCAGAAAAUCAUCAAUCUAAUUAAAAAAAUUGACUCUUACUUAUUAACAGAAACUUAUGAUAUCUUGACAAUUGAUUAUUAAAUACACACUCGCUACUUUAAUAGCAUAUUCACAAUUUUCGUAAUUUAAUCGACGCAUGUAUGGUUUAUAAAAAUUAAUUGUUCAUCUAAAAUCUGUCGAUCUUUAAAGCUCACAAGGAAUAAAUGCCGUCACCUCUUGUUAUCGUCGGAUAACAACGUUGGUUGGCGAUGUAUUCUCCUAAAUCUGUUCCUCAUCAUGUGACAACACCGACUACGUAUAUUUUACGAUGUCUGGUGGUUGUUACUAUGAUCGUCGCUGCGGCCACGUUUUUGCAUGUUAACAAUUAUAGGCCCAAACAAACAUUCCUAUCCUGUGACAGACCGUGUCAUCACUUGGAUUGGCCUAUGAUCUGUCGAGUGAAACUAACGUUAGAAGUCUUUCAAUCGCUCAGCAAAUCAUGUGGCGACUGUCCAUUGAAUCAGACGGCUUGCUUAGCUAAUCAUUGCAUUUCCGCGGAUGGACAGAGACGAGGUAUACUUACGGCCAAUCGCCAAAUGCCAGGACCUAGUAUUCAGGUUUGUGAAAACGAUAUCCUAGUGGUGGAUGUGAUAAAUCGUCUUCCUGGUAAAGCAGCUGCGGUGCAUUGGCGAGGACAAACGCAAAUGGAAAUGCCUUACAUGGAUGGCACUCCGUUGGUCACACAAUGUCCAAUACCAAGUUACACCACUUUCCAAUAUAAAUUUCGUGCUUCCAUACCCGGCACACAUCUCUGGCAUGCACAUGCAGGAGCCGAUGUCACGGAUGGCAUUAUCGGAUCGUUGAUCGUGAGACAAGCGGACCUUCGAGAACCUCAUCGCGCCCUUUACGACAUCGACGAUCCUAAUCACGUGGUCCUAGUGACCCAAUGGCAACAUUCGCUUCCGGAAGUACAGUUUAAUCAGGGUUAUUUAAAACCGGCGAUUCUUCUAAUCAAUGGGAAAGGUCGUCAACCCAACGGACCCGCAGUCCCUUUAAGCACAUUCACGGUCAUUCCAGGACGACGUCAUAGAUUUCGUGUCGCUAAUGCCGGAGGCGCUGGUGCAUGCCCGGUGACGCUUUUUAUCGAUGGCCAUUUGCUUCUCUUGAUCGCGCUUGACGGACAUCCUAUAGAACCACGACAAGUCACAUCUAUUACUUUGGCUAAAGGUGAAAGAGCGGACUUCGUCCUCAAAGCGAGCAAACGCAUCGGGUCCUACUGGAUGAAUGUGCACACAGCGAAAGAAUGUGGAACGAACACGAUAAAUGGCGUAGCGAUGCUCAACUACAAAGGCAAUUCGGAAAAUCCUGCAGCAACGGCGGAAGCUAUCGAUCAGCGUGAUAUUGACGAGAUAGGAACAGACCGGGUGGCCGUGACGACGAAUCCUACCGAGAAAUGCGGCGACCGAGAGAAUUUAUGCGCUAUGGAUAUUCAAAGUAUCCGUAAAAUCCCGCAGACCCUGACUAAGCCCGGAACGGACGUGACACUGUAUCUGCCGAUUAACUACAAGAUGCAAGCGACGGAACUGAUAGGUGAUGGUGGGACGGAGACACGAGUGUUGAAUGUGAACAACGUCACUUUCACAUUUCCGCCGUCACCGCUGUUGACCCAAGGUGGAGACGUGUCCCCGGGGAUGCUGUGCAUCAACAACGAGGAUGAUCUCAAUGAGAGCAACGAAACCAUGUCGCGACGCCGAUGUCGUCAAGUCGGCGACGUCGGCGGGGGUGACAUAUGCGAGUGUGUAAACGUGCGCCACGUGCCUCUCGGAGCAACUGUCGAGAUUAUUCUCUUGGACCAAGGCGGUUUGAAUGAUUUAGUUUAUCAUCUACACGGCUACAGUUUUUAUGUGGUGGGCGCCCGACAAUUUGGGCGAAGUGUAUCACUACAAGAGCUGAAAAAACUCGAUGAGAGAAGCCAACUGUUCUCGCGGAAUCUCGAUUGCGCAUUAAUCAAGGAUACCAUCGUCGUGCCUAAGUUUGGUGCCGUGGCACUGCGAUUUAAAGCCGACAAUCCAGGUUAUUGGAUGUUGCGGGAUGAGCACGCGACCGAUUGGACCCGUGGUUUGGAUGUUAUCUUACAAGUUGGAGAACCUAGCGACAUGGUGGCGGCGCCACAAGACUUUCCAAAAUGUGGAUCCUUCGUUGGACCCGAUUACUUUCUUAUAUAGACUGCUUAAUCGUUAAAUAUAUAAUUGUAUA